ACCAAUAAGGUGUCUGGACGGCUGUGAAAGGAAGAGAAGAAGUCAGCUGGCUCUUCAGAAGAGAUUUCAUUGCAGUUGCAUCGAAAUCGGAUUUGUUAGACAUCUGUUUUCCAUUAUUUUUAUUUUCAAUUAUUUCAGUCAUGUGCGUGUAUGCUAUAACAUAUCAGAACACUAUGGUAAUGUCUAGGUUUUGGUAAUAAGACGUCGCAAUUGUUUGAGAAGUGGCUUCCUAGCUAAGGUUAGUUAGCGUGUGGCUUGAAGGUUUGAAUGGUCGUUGUCUCGUUAUAACAAUGCAUGGGCAUGUAGUAUGAGAGUGAGUAUACGAUAUUUCUAAUAGCAAAAAAGGAUAGGAUAGCAAAAUAGGACAUUCAGAAUACUGAUGAUUUGUUUCAAAUGCAAAGCUGGUGCUUUGGAAUUGACAUGGCUGAUAAGAUGCCGUUGAUUGCAGGGCUUUUCCGUUUCCCAAAUCUCUUGGCGGCCUGUUGUCAUUUUCUACUGACGUGUUCAAAGCACACGUAGGUAUAUAGUCGAGUGGUUGCAGCUGACAGGACGGAUUUCCGUUGUACUGUGUUCUAGGAGAAAAAGUUGGUCAGUCAUCUGUGUGCCAAGAUGCCCAGAAAUAGUUCUAGGUACAAAGCACUACAAACAGGCAGCGGUGGCACGAUUUGUGACCAAGUCCGCAUGCCUCGUAUGCGGGUUUUGGUCGGUUGUCUCUGCGGUGCGUUUGCACUUGCCAUGGUCUUGGGAAUAUACCUGGCAAGUGAGUCAAGUGACUCCAGAAUUCUGGCUGCAGAUCUUACCAAAGACAAGCUCAAUCAUAAAGCUAGCAAGUUAACCCUGGCCCAGGUGCGCAAGCUAGCUGCUCAGGUAGACAUAUCACGUCUGUGGGAGAAACAUCUGAGGCCGUUCUUGAUAGUGAGGCUCCCAGGAACUCCAGGCAGCCAGGCUGUGAGACAGCACAUAAAGGCCCAGCUGGCAUCCCUACUGACGGGCUGGACAGUCGAGGAGGACUCCUUCACGUCCCCCACUCCGCAAGGCCUGGUCACCUUCACCAACGUCCUGGCUGUGCUUGACCCCUCUGCCCCUCGCCGCCUCCUCCUGGCAUGUCACUAUGACUCCAAGUUCUUCAACCCCGAUCCUAAACACCCGAAACGCGUGUUUCUGGGUGCCAGCGACUCUGCUGUUCCCUGUUCCAUGAUGCUGGAACUGGUCACAGUUCUCGAUGUCCAGCUGAAUGCCCUUAAGCAACAGCGGGCUGCUGUGACCCUUCAGUUAGUCUUCUUUGAUGGAGAAGAGGCAUUCGAGGAGUGGACAGACACUGAUUCUAUCUACGGCUCUCGCCACCUGGCUGAGCGCAUGGCCCGCACGCCAUACCCCUCCGCCUCUUCUCAAACCAACUUACUGCAAGCCGUGGAUCUGUUUGUUUUACUGGACCUGCUGGGUGGGCCUGAUCCACUGAUAGUCAAUCACUUUGACAACACAGCUCACUGGUUCGACCGCCUCAUAGCUGCAGAGAAGCGAUUACACAGGCAGGGCCUGCUGUUUUCCCACCCGUCUGAGCAGAGCUACUUCAGGAAAGACGUGUAUCUGGGCCCUGUGCAGGAUGACCAUAUCCCCUUCUUGCAUAGGGGUGUGCCUGUGCUACACGUGAUUCCCACACCAUUUCCCCCAUUUUGGCACAAACUGGAUGACGAUGAGGAAAGAAUGCACCGGCCCACUGUGGAGAACCUCACGAAGAUCAUGGCCAUCUUCUUAGCAGAGUACUUGGGACUUUGAACAGACGCACAAAGCUUGACUCAGGAACUCAGUAAUACUGAGAGUACGCACCUCUGUGUCUCCCAGAGUUGUGAGGAAGUGUCUGAAUGUCCAGGGACAUCUGUGAAGCAAUACAACUUAAAUGUGGACGGAAACAUUUACAGGGAGAACUAAAUUUGGUGUUCAGCGUAACAUCGGUGCUGAUUCUAAUUGAAUAGUGAUUUAUGUUGUCGAGUUGUGGGAAGAUUUUGAACAGACAGCUUGCCUUGUUCAUGGUUGAUUUCACCUCGGUGCACUAGUGGUUGUCCCUGAUGUCUCGUCCCAAAGUGCCAAAGUCAUGUCUGGACCCUUCAGACUGGGUGUGCGCUAACCUUUUAACGGUACUACAGCCAACAAAAACACGAACUGGAAAGAGUUACCUGUGAAAUGCUGAAUACUUUUUUCUACCUUUUGGUGGAUUGUUACAAAUGCCCUGAAUCAGCACAGCCCCCCUCUUACUUUUUUGCAACUCAAGCUACAAGUGUGUUUAGGGUUGACAAAAUGAUGAGAAAUCUUUUCCCCUAGAAUUUUAUAAUAUUAACAAAUUUCCCUUCUGUGCUUCUCAUACAUGUUAUUCUGUGUGGUGUUGUAGUCUCAUCGUUGUUUUCAUACAGGUUUCACAUCUAGAUCAUGGGUUAGCUGAACUUAAAAGAAAAUGCGAAGGUGUCUGGCACUGAUCUGUGCUAUAAAUUCUACCCUUUGAUAUAAGGAUGUAGACAUUUUCUCAAAUUGACUUGAUAAGUAAACUACAAUUGAGUAGUAGUAGAAUCACAUUCCUGGACAUUUAUUCUGUGUAGUCAUGAUAAAAUUAAACAAAUGAUAGCGGAAAACUAUAUAUUAUCAAAGAAAGGUCUAUUUAUAAUCUGUACUUGUUAUCUAAUAGGUGACGACUUAGUCAAACACUGGUAAGGACUGCUUUUAAAUUAAGCCUUUGUAAGUGUACACAAUGAUCUACCACUUUUACUUACAAUACGUUUUAGUUCAAAUUUGUCUAUAUGUACGUCACCUUAUGCCAUUAACAGCCUGUUUUUUCUUGGCGUUGAAGGCAGCUGAAAGUUAAGUUUACACAGGAAAUAAAUAAAUAUACACACACAGGUCCUUACUGUAGCUUUCUUUUAAACCUUAAGCUACAGUUUACUCAACAACCUGUCAUUGCCUUAUUUAUAUAUAAUGUUAUUAAACUGGUCACAUUAUAUCAUGGAUUACAUUUUCAUAACACAUUGGUUGCAUUGUUAGUCAAUUUGAAAUUUACCUGAUCAACAGCAGCAGCAGUAUACCUUGCAGUCAUGACUACUGCAGUGAACCUUUGUGCAUGGGCAAAAAAAGAAGAGAACAUACUUCUCUGUUUGCAUAACUAUAACCACAUUGUCAUACCAGUUUCUGCUUUUGGAGACUUGGGAUUUGAAUAGAAUUUAGGCAAUGAUGAUCUGAUCAUACAAAGGUUUUAUAGGUCCUAGGUCUUUAUGGAAAGCAAAACCAUGUCAACAUCUGAUGAGCACUUGUAAAAGAUCACCUCAAAUGAGCGAUUGUUAUAAAUGUUUAUUACAAUGACAACUGUAUAUAAAAAAUAAAAUGCCUUUAAAAUGUA